AUGGCUCCUCGAACUAAUAAGAAAUCCUCCCGAGUCCUCACUUUCAUCGAAGGCACCUUCGAAGUGUUCGGCAAAUGGAAAUUCGCCCAUGAUAUGCGUCGCUGGGAACUGAGUCGUCACAAGAGAACUGUCUCUCCUGUCCUGGGACCUUGGUUCGGUACCCUUCUUGCGCUGGAUGCCCGUCUGCGGGAGAUCACCGAGCGCCAGGCGGUUGUAGAGGAGCAGUAUGAGAAUAUGAAAGUGGAGAUCAACUGGAUUGCCAAUGGUCAAGAGGAGGUGCGGGGAUGGGAGAAGCAGCUGAGCGAAUGGAGGGCCGAGUUAAAGUCCCUGCAUCAGCAGUACUGGUCUCUGGAGUAUGAUAUCUAUGACCAGGAAGCAGUGUGUCCCGCUCCGGCUAUUCGGCGCGCUUUUGUCGCUUUUCGGGAGAAUCCCGAGCGGUAUCUGUUUCCCUGGCUUUGCGAGGACUGUGCGGGGAGAGGAGGGGAUUGUGGUCUUAUCUGUGAGUGUGGUGAGAGGGCACACGCUCAGACCAAGAGGGAGUGUGGCUGCGGUCGCAAGGCUCGUGGAUUUGAUUUGGAUGCGGAGAUGCGGAAAUUAUGCGGUCCUUCCUUUGACUUGAGUGGUCUCCCUCGCGAGACGUUCAGUCUCUAUCUAAUGCGGGCUUAUGUCUGGGGUCGAGGCGAUGCUGAUGCCCCGUCGUGUGUGGGAUCCUCCGAGAAGCUGGAGUUCUAG